CUGAUGGGGCCCUUUCUGCCCCCUCCUCCCUAGGAGGGGGUGAAUACAAAAGGAAGACCAGAGAGAGGAUGAGGGGGUCAUCAGGUUCAGACUGAUCCAGAGAAAGCCAAGAGAAUCAUGACCAUCUUAUGCAAACGCUGCAGCAGGCCAGUCAAGACAGAAAUGUGCAACUCUACAUGCACGUCUGCCUCCAGGAGGGAGCCCAAGACCCCAAAACCUUUCAGGUCAACUAAAGGUGCUUCGAAGGCUCGCCGGGAUCAAAUCAAUGCUGAACUGCAGGAUCUGCGUUCCCUGCUGCCCAUCUCAGAGAAAGAGAAAGAACGGCUCUCAUAUCUUCACACCAUGGCUCUAGUCUGCCUCUACCUGCGAAAAACUCAGCUCUUUCCUUCAGGCUCACCUGCCUGGGUGGAUGGAGCCCUUGCUGCUGCUGCAGUAGUAGACUCAGAGCUGCUGUUUUCCCUCCCGGGGUUUAUCAUGGCUCUCACUACAAAUGGCAAAUAUGUUUACAUCUCUGAGAAUGUGUCUAACUUCCUCGGUUUCUCUGUGGUAGAACUCCUAGUCCAUGGUGACUCCAUCUUUGACCUUUUGAAUGGCCUUGCAAGCAGGACCAUGCAGGAGAAGCUGUCUUUUGCUCAGCAGCACCCAGGCACCGAAAUUGAGGUCAUCACUGAAAUGCGCACCUCAAGAUCUUUGCGGGCAAGAUAUGGAGGGAGAUGUUUCGUGGCCUUGAGGGGCAGAUUCCUCUCACUUGACUCACAAUUGACCUCCUCUUCUCCAGUUUUGACUUUUGUUGCUUUCUGCACACCAGUUGCAAAUCUGUCUGAAAGUGGAGAUCAUACUUUCCAGAAGUUGUCUUUUCAGAGCCUGCACACACUGGAUAUGAAGAUUGCAGAGGUCACUGAAAGUGUAAUUUACCAUCUUGGUUACCACAAAGAAGAAUUGAUUCACCAGUCCUGGUACAGCUUCCUGCAUCCUGAAGAUCUCACCAGUGCUGCAGAGUUACACAGGGACCUGGUGCAUGAUGCUGAGGAAUGCAGUCAGGAUGUUAUAGUUCGUAUGCUCUGCAAGGACCUGAGAUGGGCUUGGGUGCAAGUCAUUGCAUCGAGGGAGAAUGGACAGGCAGGAGAACUAGUCAUUUGCACCAACCAUAUCCUCAGUGAGGAGGAAGCCCUGCAUAUCCAGAGCCAAAAGCCACAGCCUACAACUUUCCCCCCAUCCACUCUGAGACAGUGUACCAAAGGAACAGAACAGCAGACACAGCCAAAUGAAAUUAAUGUUUUCCCUCAAGAGCCAGUGAUGCCCAGGGACAGGAUACUCCAAUAUGAUCGCUGCCAGAUUCUUGAUGCCUGUGCCAAGAAGAUACUCCCAGUUCCCCUCCAGCCUUCGCUUCCUACCAUUUUACCUAUUCCUGAUUCAGCCAACAUGCAGCUCCCUCAAGAAAGUGGACUUUUCCCCUUCCCUGAUGACUGGCACAAGAAUCUCUCCUGCACAGACAGAGUCAAGAGACUGCCCCCCUCGAGCCCUUGCACUCUCUGCUCCCCUGAAAGUACACUUUUUCCUGCCAACAGCCUGUCUGCGGAUUUUUCUUCAUUACCCUCAUCAACAGAAAGAUUCCCAGCAACAGAUACAGGUCCUGACCCAUACAGAUGGGCCAUCAGUAUGCUGGCUGAUCAAAUCCACUCCCUGGCUGAAACCUUCUCUCAGUACACAAAGCAGAUACCCCAAGAGAUUCCUACCACCAUUUCCCUAUGGCCUUCUCAGCCUCCUGAGAACUUUCAGACUAAUGGAGCUCUAAAUGUCAUGGAAGAAUUAUCUGUGGAUGAAGAAAUCAUCACAACAAUCCUAAACAACCUCUUCGACAAUAGCAACUUUAAUCUGUCCUCUUCUGAGCUGGGAUCAGCACACAAUGUUCACAGAUCAGACUCUGAGACCCAACUUUCUUUACUGCAGACAUCCCUUACAGAAGCGUCUCCUUGCCUCAACCAGUGCCCUUUCCAACGACCCUUGUCUUUCUCUACAUCAGCUGAUUCCUGUGUGCCUGACUCCCAAUGGGAUGAAAGAUUUCACAUUACGUUUUACCAAGGUGCCCAUCCAGAGGAGGCCAUGUUCUCCUGAACCUACCACGUGUCUGAAAAAGUUGCAGAGUCAGCUGUGUGUCUCCACUCACGUGGAAGUGGCUUCAGUGGCACGAUCAAGUAUUGGAAAAUAUCUGGCAGGGACUAGUUGCCAGUGAAUUGGGGAACCUAGCAAAACACCAUCAAGACGUUACCAACAUACUCCAUGUUGCUAGUAUCUGUUUGAGACUUAACGUGCGGGGAGGACAGGCGACUGUGCCCCGAAUGUGUCAAUCAUUGAUGAGAAACCUGCAGGGGGCGCUGGCGAGGCGUUCCUACAGGGGGCGGGAUAUCCAAAUUCUUGUA